GUAGGUUGGAGUUAUAAAAUGGCGGCCUGGGGCGCGUUGGGCGCUGUUCUUCCAGCGGUCUUUGGUUGAGCUUACUGCUCUCCCUCACUGCCGAACACAGAGAGGCGAGGCCCCUGGAGGACAUGGUGUUGGAGACCCCAGGCUUGCUGACCACCAAGUUCUUCGAGAAUCUCCGCGCACCGGAAGCGACCAGGCGCGCUCCUCCGGGUGAGCAGCGGCCGCUUCACACCCGAGGCCCGCGGCUGCAACCUCGCACCCGCUCGCGGUCGUUCACCCGGCUUUCGCCGCAGCCACAGCCCCGCGAGUGCCGCGGCGGCCGGCCGGGAGGUUUGAAAAUAUGGCCAAAAGGAUUGCUGAGAAGGAAUUGACAGAUAGGAACUGGGAUCAAGAAGACGAAGCAGAAGAGGUGGGAACGUUCUCAGUGGCCAGUGAGGAAGUCUUGAAGAAUAGAGCCAUAAAGAAAGCAAAGCGUAGAAAUGUUGGAUUUGAAUCCGAUAGUGGAGGGGCCUUUAAAGGUUUUAAAGGUUUGGUUGUACCUUCUGGAGGAGGCGGGUUUUCUGGAUUUGGCAACGGUGCUGGAGGGAAGCCUCUGGAAGGACUGUCUAAUGGAAGCGGCGUGACCAGCGCCCCUCCCUUCUCCGGCGCCAGGGCAGCCACGGAGAGCAAGGCAGCCUUCGGAUCUGUUGCUGCGAAUGGUCCUACCUCCUUGGUGGAUAAGAAGGUUUUAACUCCCAAAACCAACGGGGACAGUCAGCAGCCCUCCUCUUCCGGCCCCCCCUCCGGCGCCGCCUGCCCCCGGAGCGCCUACCACAAGCAGCUGGCGGCCUUGAACUGCUCCGUGCGGGACUGGAUCGCGAAGCACGUGAACACCAACCCGCUGUGCGACCUGACACCCAUCUUCAGAGACUACGAGAGACACCUGGCGGGGAUCGAGCAGCAGCACGGGAGCAGGGGCGGCCGGGGCUCCGAGAGUGAGGCCGAUCGAGUGCCGCUCGCCACCCAGUCCCCUUCCCUGUUCGGGGCAGCGAAGCCGCAGCAGGACUCGGCGUUCCCGUUCGCCGGCGGCAGGGCAGAGGACGGCGCCGAGAGGAAGACGGAGCCGCCCGCGGGAGCCGCAAGUGCCUCGUUCAACUUCGGCAAGAAGAUCGACGGUUCUGUCCUGGGCUCCCUGAACUCCGGCCCCCUGACUGGGUUUUCAUUCUCUUCGGGAAACUCCAGCUUCUUCGGCAAAGAUCUGACCCAGAAUAAACCAGCGUCUUCACCGUUUUCUGCGAAAACGUUGGAGGUACAGGCCGAAGGCGGCAGUAGCGACUACAAAGGCGGAGAUGAAGAAGAGAGUGAUGAGCCACCCAAAGUAGUAGUUACUGAAGUGAAGGAAGAAGAUGCAUUCUACUCCAAAAAGUGUAAGCUGUUUUACAAGAAAGACAACGAAUUCAAAGAGAAGGGUGUGGGCACCCUGCAUUUAAAACCUACGGCCACUCAGAAGACGCAGCUGUUGGUGCGGGCAGACACCAAUCUAGGCAACAUCCUGCUGAACGUUCUGAUUCCACCCAACAUGCCGUGCACCCGAACGGGGAAGAACAACGUCCUGAUCGUGUGUGUUCCCAACCCGCCCGUCGAUGAGAAGAACGCCGCCGUCCCGGUGACCAUGUUGAUCCGCGUAAAAACAGGCGAGGACGCGGAUGAGUUGCACAAAAUUCUACUGGAGCACAAGGAUGCCUGAACACGUGUGGACCGGGGUUGCCGCCGAGUUGCCGCCGCCCCCACCGCCCCUUAGACGUAGUCUGUUUCUCUUCUUACUUUGACAUUCUGAGAACUCAGAGGGAACUUAAAACUUUGUGAGGAAGAUUAAUAUGGCCAAUAAAACCUUUAAAUGUUAAGUGUCAAGAACCUGUAUCCUCCCUUCUUAAGAACUGUCUAAUGUGUAAAAUACGUUUGAAUGACUUCUUUUGGAAGAUUUUUAAUGUUCACUUAUUAAACUGACCACAAGUGGUUUCUUAAUAGGCUGAAAUCAGGGUAUCGAUUAGACUUCCCAAAGGCUGCUCCGAUCCAUGGGUUUUGGGGUCUGCUGCUCCCCCUGGCGAGGCUUUCCGCAGCCCACGUGUCCCGCAGGAAGCUUGGCGGCAGCAUUCUCUCCGGAGAACAGCACUCGGAGUCGCGCCGCCGCCGCCACCGCCGAGCUGUUUUUCCUUUGCUUUCUCGAGCCCGUGUUUUAUAACAGCUGAACCCGGUCAGUGGCUCCCCCUGGGCGUGAAAGGCUGUAGCUUCUGUUUGCAGACUUGGCCCUUUAACCCCGCGGGCUGCUUUACCUGAUUGAGGAACUGCUUUUCCAUUUGAAAAGGAAACAAGUAGCUUGUUCUUUGGUUUUGUAGUUUCAUUCUCAAGGUGCUCUCCCCCCGCAAAGAUAAUAGAGGGGGAUUUGCCAGGAAUGAGGUUUUAAAAGCACAAAUUUGGUAGCUUAUAGUGUAUGGACCACGGACACCAAACCCUUGCAGAAAGGAAAGUCGAAGGUAGAGCUUAGCACAGAAGAAAGAAGACGUCUCAGCUGUUUGUGCCGCGGGGAACCGCAGGCGUCCUCGGAGCUCCUGUGCGUUAGCCAGGAAACAUGCAAUAAGGUAAUGGAAUUGCAAGUGUGUGCGUCAGUGUGGCCUUUAACUUUGGACAGAGGUGUAUUCUACAUUUGAUACCUGAAGUUUCCACUUUUUUUUUUUUUU